AUGGAUUUCGAAGUCAGUGGUCGCCGCUUCCAUCUCCCCGCAGAGCUGGUUGACCUGGUCAUCUAUCAGUUACGGGACACUAUUUCCGAUAUUCGAAAUGUGCGCCUCACAUGCAAGAUCUUCGCACGCAGCGCCACUCGUUAUAUUUACAACAUGUUUGAGACGCCAUCUCCACUACUGCCCGCUCCCGACAACACAUCCAGAGAUACAUUGCUGAGCUGGCCUUUGAUAGACCCACCAGGCUACACAAGCAUCAAAGUAUUGACGAGCUUAACUUGUGCCACAAUCAGGAGACUUGAUGGUUCAGAGAUGCUCAAGCUUCGAGACUUGAUCUGGGCGCCUCACGAUCACAUUGAGACUGAUCGACCUAGCGCGAUCGACGGUCGACUUGCAACCAUGUGGGGCGUGACGCAGGAAACUCCUGUAAAGCUGUGGCUUAUUCAUCAAUGGCCGAGCAAGGAGAUUUACAAGGCUUACUGCGAAGGAAGAUAUGCCGCUGAUCUGGCACAAUACCUCGAUGAGAUAGCUCCUGGAUGCCUGUUAAGAUCCUCGACAGAGUUUUGUACCCUACCCAAAGUGCGUAGAAGACGAAACCCUUUCUUCAGUGGAUAUGGCGAGCUUCGAACGCUGUACUUCCCUUCCGACAUGUCUUACGACCAGCGGAGGGCUUUCGAGAAAGAUAUGCAUGUUGAUCCGCAGUGGCGCGAGCGCAAUCCCCCUUUCCCAUUAGAUACCGCCGUGGCUGCCAGGUUGAUCAUCUUCUGGGGCGAUCCUCAGCAGAAAGAGAGUUGGAUACAAGAUGUGAAAACGGGCGAAACCUGGAGCCUUGGUCUGGGCCUUGUGCUUUCUGAAGAAGAUCUAGCGCCCUUUGGGCUUCUUGGUAUAGAAUCGGAGCAUUGUGAGUUCUCCUCAGGUCCGUUCGCCUAG